AGAACCGGACAACUUUAAAAGCACUUUUAUAUAUAUAUAAUUGACUGUCUCUGUUGAGUUGUAACCGUCCGCGUGAGUGCCUCAGGGCUUCAGCGAGAGCACAAGCUAGCUAGCUAACAACUAGCUGGCUAGCCAUAGCAUUGGGGAGGGGGUGGGUGCCAUAGCAACCGUUUAGGAAACAUUGAGUGGUGGCUAGCUAGCUAGCACAAUUCAGGCUAACGUUGGUUUGUUGUGCUAGCAAAUAAACAAGACCUCGUAGAGACUUAGAUGUCCAAUGUAGCGUCAGGCAGCCAAUUGAUGUCACAAGUCAGCGUUGUUUACUUUGCGCCAUUGCCCAUAUUACUGAGCUGUAACUUUGCGCCAUGCUUUUUAGUUGACGCUAGCUGUCGAGGAUGGCAGACUGGUUGCAGUGUUGAGUUUAGCUAACUUGGCUAACGGUGAUUUCUAUCACAUGCAGGAAGCUAACGUUAGCCAUGGAGGCCGACCUGUAAACUUAGGUUACCUCAACGCCACCGUUAUGUAAACGUCAAAGUAAACAAGCUUUCUUUUGGACUGAUUAGUCUCACGAUGAGCCUGACGCUAGAUUAGGUUUAACAUCAAGUUACUUUAUCAAUGUUUUCAUGGGUCAACCUCACGUUAAAGUAUUCAGCUUGAACUAGUAUGGAUGUUGACUGCAAUGGCCGGUCUUACAUAUCAGCUAGUGGAGAUUCGUCAAUGGAAAGAGAGUUUUCUGGGGCCCUUGGAGGGCCAACAGUGAGCACCCCAAACAGCAAGGAGACCUCCCCUUGUCGCUCCCUCAGUGCCAACUCCAUUAAAGUGGAGCUGUACAGUGAUGAAGACCCCGGUCGCAGUACUGAAGAUGAAAGAGGGGAGCGGGUAGAGGAUGGAGGUCCAGAGCAGGGAUCCGAGGUUGUCAGAGUCUACAGGGAGCUCACCAAUCCUGAAACCAUGCAAGCUGGAGCCACCAGACUGCCCAAUGGAAAGCUCAAGUGUGACAUCUGUGGAAUGAUCUGCAUUGGGCCUAAUGUUCUCAUGGUGCACAAACGCAGCCAUACAGGUGAGCGACCAUUCCAGUGUAAUCAGUGUGGCGCCUCCUUCACUCAAAAGGGUAACCUGCUCCGCCACAUCAAGCUGCACUCGGGGGAGAAGCCCUUUAAAUGUCCCUUUUGCAGCUACGCCUGUCGAAGACGAGAUGCGCUCACUGGCCACAUUCGCACUCAUGCAGUGUCCUCUCCAACUGUAGGGAAGCCAUAUAAGUGCAGUUAUUGUGGCCGUAGUUACAAGCAGCAGAACGCCCUGGAGGAGCACCGUGAGCGCUGCCACAGCUAUUUACAGAGCCUGGAGUCGCAUCAGCCCUCCUGUGUACAGAAUCCAGGAGAGGAGAUGAGAGAGCUCGAGUUUAUACCAGACUCUUUACUGCAAUCCUCCUCAGACAAGAUGGCAUUUAUCGAUCGGCUCGCCAACAGCAUCACCAAACGCAAGAGAUCCACACCACAAAAAUUUGUAGGACAGAAGCACAUACAUCUCAACCUUGCAGAUGCACCUUAUGAGCUCAGCGCUGGUUUGGAUAAAGACGGGGAGAUGCCCGAAGGUGACCUGGAAACCCCACAUUUCACUGGUCUGGGAGGAGAAUACACCGGCGUGGCAGGAAAUGGAGGAGGAGGGGUAUCGGACACACUGAGGCCUCUACACCUUCCCACCACUCACCCGUCAUCUUUAUCAGAACUCAGGCCGGUCCACAGCUCCAUUCACAUUUCUGCCGCUCUAGGCCCGAGGAUGGAUUGCUCAGGGACUGGAGCUGUGCUGGGAGGUGUCGGGGGGAGGGAGGCAGCAGAGGGUCAUGAAGAUCUGCCCGCGAGCCGAAGUCACGCACCCUCACCCAGCAACGGCUGCCAGGACUCUACGGAUACAGAGAGCAUGCCAGACGAGCCUUGCAACAGCACAGCUCUGACUCUGACCCUGCACAGUAACAACGGCCACCAUCUUCAACUCUCCAACAACCAUCAUGCGGCACCUCCUCCCGUUGCACACCACAGGAGUUGGAGCAGACACAGCCCCAGCCACGCCAAAGACACGGAGGUGAAGAGAGAAGAUGGAGGCCACUCUGCCCUACGGCCCCCUGGCGUUGCACCAACUCCCAGCUCGCCUACAGCGGCCCCCUCCAACUCUAGGGAGUCGCUUCGGGUUGUAGACGGGGAGGGGCGAGCCGUGCACUCUUACCGUUGCGAGCACUGUCGUGUGCUUUUUCUGGACCAUGUCAUGUUUACCAUCCACAUGGGCUGCCACGGCUUUCGCCAGCCUUUUGAGUGCAACAUCUGUGGCCACCGCAGCCACGACCGCUAUGAAUUUUCUUCACACAUUGUCCGUGGUGAGCACAUCCUUGACUGAGGAUGAAGCGCGGGGGGGGGGGGGUCAACCUGCUUAAGCUAGAGCUAUUCAUACACUGAGACAAGGACCCGGCUGGGUUUGGUCUGCACACUAAAGAAGACACUGAUGACAUGAAAGAGAUAUGAAUAUUUUAAACUGGCACAGUAAGCAUGUAACGGCAUUACUGGCAAGCUCAUGUGUGUGUUUUCUGAAAUUACAAUAGAGGUCCUUGUUAUCUUUAAUGCACUUUAAACAAUUAAUCAAUUUAAGAUGCACUUUUAAUUCAAUGUGUUAUAAAGUAGAUGAAGAGCCAAUGCACUUUUUUUAAUCCGCAGAUGUGCCUUGCUCCAAAAUUCAGGAUUCAAACCUGAUGCACAAAUUACAGUCGACAAAUCUGACUUUUGUCUGUAACCUGAAAACUGUCCUUACUUGUGCACUUUAACAGAGAUAACACAGAAAAGACAAUAAUUUGAAGUUUAUAGGCUUACGUACAAUGGAAUCUGUAUUUUAAUGACUUGUUCUAAAAGCACUUACUCAACGAAAUGAUUCCCCAACAAAUGCUACGUUCAGCAAAGUUAUUUUCCAAUGUGGGUUGGAUUCUGUAAUCGAUUGCUUUUUAUAAUUCUUAUAGUGCAGACCAAACUCAAAGACCAGGUCCAAGUCCAACCGAUGUGUUUGAGGGGUUGUUCGGGAUUUAGAAAUGCACUUUUGUUUUUAAAGGUGGCGGGGUGGAUAGAUCUGAGUGUGUGUGUGUGUGUGUGUGAGAGAGAGAGAGAGAGAGAGAGGGAGAGAGAGAGAGAGAGAGAAAAGGGGAGCAUGUGACAGACCCUUUGUUUUAUGGAAGUAAAUUGAAUAAGUGGAAAAUGAAUGCCUUUGUGUGAAUGCCAUGUAUGAAAUGUUUGUUUUUCUUUUCUAUGACUGCUUUUGUUGCACUGAUCCCUGACAGAUUAUAUUAAACUAUUUUAUUGAAUACAUUAAUGACCUGAACAUAUCUCUUAAAGUGUGAGAAGAACUGAUGGAAUGAAAAGGAAUACGAGUAUCACUGCCACAACUUCAGAGAUUACUGGAGAGUUAAGAGUCUUUACAAGUCAAUUCAUAUUCUCCAUUUCGUAACUACAUCAAACCGGAAACCAACGCUACUGUUUCUUCUUAAAUGAUUCUGGUGUUCUCUCAUUGUAUUGUGCCUUUCCUCACCAUGAUCACACCUUGUUGACCACACUGAAGGACAUGACCGUCGUAUCUUGAGUCAGAUCAUCGUGAGAGAUGUUAGAGAUCAUGAGUUACAAAAUAACUCACUUACUCAAGUUGUUUUUUUAGGCUCAGUCUCUGGCUUCUAGCUUUGCACAAUAUUUCCAUUCUGCUAUUCCUCAACAGUUAAGUUUAAUCAAUGUGUUGGCAAAGAACUUAUUCUGCUAAUUUAUCAAAGAUGUGCGUGGCGUUUGGCGCAUGCUGCUAUGACAUGAGUGCAGUGUGGAGUGGCGGUUUACUGCCGUCCUCACAGGUUGAAUCCCCCAAAAAUAUAUUUUAUUUGAAUUUACUUGGAGCACAUGGUGUGUAUUUCCAAAUGGGUUUUGUUGGUUGUGGUCUUUAAUAUAUCCUGUUGUGGUAAUAUGGUGCAGAAAUGAAAUGUAAUAACAUGGUCAGCUUUUGAUUCUGUCUUUACCCGUUUACAUGUCAAAACAAUAGACGUCGUCGUUGUAGAAACUUUCGUUUAUAUUGGACUUUGAGCACAUUAAGUUGUACUUCUAAACAGGCAAAUUUGUUAUCUCUAGGUUACAGAAUUGUGUAUAAAAAUCAAUCCCUAAUUUGUAUUGAUGAACAGGACAGUUGUAGAUGAUGAAGUUUGCAUCCACUGACGUCCUAAAGGCUAUAGUCAUCAGCUGACUUGAGCCCUUUAACAUUUGGGACAAGAGUUUCUAAGAGUUUAUCAUAACUGGCAAUUUGUAGCAUCAAGACAUGUUGCUUUUCAGAGGAAACCAACUGAACCAGCUUUAAAUGGAUAUUUACGGUCAUGGUUCCGUUAUAAACUGAACUCAGCCCUGUAUAGAGUCGCACAUUUUUAAGUUGUGGUCGAAAUGCACAGAAGCUCUGAAAUGCAUUUAUUUAGAGGAAUACAUUUUUAGAUCGUGAGUGUGGUUCGGUAUAGCACCAAAUAAUGGUUCCCCCAUGGCUGAACCAAAGAACCACUACUCUCUACUGUUGAGCACUUUUCCCCUCUUACAGUGGCAGAAUAAAAUAAAAAUAGUUAAACAUAUUUGUACAUAAAGUAUGAAUUAGGAAGAAGCUGCAAUGUAAUAUUUUGUCUCUUUUCAUCGUCUGAGUAAAACCGUGUAGAUGUUGUCUUUUUCAGGAGUUAUCUCCACUUAGUUUUGCAGAAAAUUCAAAAAGGUCAAAUUAAAUAUUUUUAAUUUCUUUAACUCAACUGACUUGUUUUAAGAAUUGAUACAAGUUCUAAAGUUAAGCUGCUUUUGUUUUUAAUGAUGGUUAGAAAGCUGACUUUGGUGCACAUCACUGUAUUGAGUUAAGAGUGUCGAUGCAUUGUGGCUAUUUUCUCACCAGUACAUCAACGCUCUUAAAAAGUGGAUUAUAUUCUCUUCCAAAGUCGUUUCAUUUAAUGAUGAAAUGAUCUUGCCUUAAUAUAGAGACUGUUAAAUCAUCUCGGGACAGAAGAUUGAGAUGUAGUUUCCUGCAACCUGAUCUAUAAAACAUUGACGUGUGACUUUAAAUGAUUCAUUAUUAACAAAUCAAAUUGUCAUGUCUGUUUGCAUGGGGAGAAAAUGCUUUGACCCAUUACAUCUUACUUCACUUUGUAUAUUGUGAUGUAGGCAACAGCUUGUAUGGACACAAUAACCCAGGUGUGAUUAUUCUUCUGUUGGGACUUCUUUAUAGUAGACUUUACUAUUGUGCCUUUGGCCAGAGGUCUUUUCUGCAUUUCCUUUUGUCAACAGUUAAAAUAGUCACAUUUGAAGUGUAAAGCGUAACUCGUCAGUUGUUACUGCACAUUUUAAACGGCUCCACAUUAUUAUAGUGUAAAUACCACAAAUCAAUGACCGUGGCCAGAACCAUGUUCAUUUUCACAACCAUUGACUAUCAGAAGACUUAAAUUAUUUUGGUGACGUAGACUGCCAGGAGCCAAAGACCUAGAUAUAUGUAAAACUGUUUACCCGACUCCAGCUAUUUUGACAAAUACUGUACAAAAAUUGUUAAUGCUAAUCCUCUGCAGAAUUUAUAUUUUUUUAAUUUCAAGUUGUUUUUAUUCACAUGUGCAACACCUUAACAGUAAUGUGCUUCUAAGCCUGAUGCAUGUGCUACCGAUGCUGUUCGCUCAAACACCCGCAGCCACCUUCCCUUUUAGAUACAAGGACAACCAAAUAAACUUAAUUUCAAUACUAUCAUUCAGAAAAGAAAUUCUACUUUUGUGGUAUUUUGUGUUCAAAUGUUUUUCUUGUUGCACCAUUUGUUCCCUUCAACUUCACCAUCUUUGUUAACCUUCCCAUCCUGUAAAUGGUCCGAUAUCGCUUUAAAUAACUGCAGAGCUUUUUUUAAAUGUAUCAUAAUGUAAUUAUGCAUUUGCAUAGUUCGACCUUAAACUACUGUAAGUUUUGUACUGUAAGAAAGUCUAUUCCAAAUAAAAUACUUGACAGGCCUGUCUUUCCUAACACUACACAAGCGAUGGUUCGUCGAGAACAAUGAGCUUCA